AAUAUUGUGAAAGUUUCCUUCUUUUCUUUUCCCCCCCUAAGGAUAUGGCCCUUGUUGCUCCUGAAGCGCCUUCAGAACAAGCUAGAAGGGUUUUUCAGACAUAUGACCCCGAGGAGAAUGGUUUUAUACCUGACACUUUGCUAGAAGAUGUAAUGAAGGCUCUGGACCUUGUUUCAGAUCCUGAAUAUGUAAACCUCAUGAAGACCAAAUUAGACCCAGAAGGACUGGGCAUCAUUUUACUGGGUCCCUUUCUGCAAGAAUUUUUCCCUGAGCAGGACUCUAGGGUUUCAGAGUCAUUCACUGUUUACCAUUACAAUGGACUGAAGCAAUCUAACUAUAAUGAAAAGGUCAUGUAUGUUGAAGGCACAGCAGUUGUUAUGGGUUUUGAGGAACCAAUGCUACAGACCGACGAUACUCCUGUGAAACGCUGCUUGCAAACCAAAUGGCCAUACAUAGAAUUACUCUGGACCACAGAUCGAUCUCCUUCUUUAAACUGAUGUGUUGCGCAUAACACCAUCCUGCUAUCGAACGCUUGAAUGGGGAUACAGGAAUUGGCAUUUGCUUGGAAAGUGGCAUCCUUUGACUGCGUGAGGUUAUACACUGGUAUCAUUGACGAAUUGUAAAUAAUGAUUACAAACACUUUUUCAGUGUUAAUUGGAAUAUUUAAUUUUUUAAUCAGAUUGAUUUCUAUUAUAAUAGUUUGUCUUUUUUGGCCACUGUAGUACUGUUAAUGUGGGUUACCGAAAGAAAAAAAAAAAGCCUACUUAUAAAGUCUUAACAUUAUUUUACCAUCUCAUGAAGAUUUGAAAAAUGUCUGAUAUUGCAGAAUCUGCGUAUUAGAUGUCAGAUCUUUAAAACAUAAAACAUAUUCAGCUCCCCCUGAAUCAUAUAGGCAUGUUUUAUUAUUUUAAUUAUAUUGGCUUACAUUACAGUACCAUAAUGUGUGGACUAAACUGGCCUUUGCACUGGAUAUGUUUUAAUGAGUUUAAAUUUUAUGCAAUUUUUCCUAAAAUCUAAUUCUACCAAAAGAGCUUGCACAACGUGACAUAAAUAGGAUACAUUAUUAGGAAUAAGUAUAUUUCAUAAAUACUCUUUCUUGGCAGUUGUAUAUUACUGUGGCUUAGUUAUCAAGCUUGUUAAAAAUGAACAGAAAAUCUGAAGAAAAAUAGAUGUAUUAAUAUUUAUUUGAAUUUGUAUAAAAGAAAUGUAAAAACAGCAGAAUUAAUUUCCUGUUCUAUAAUCUUUAAACUAUUCAAACUUAUAAUAUUGCCAAAUACCUCUUCUCAAUUUCUCCGAACAGCAGUGUAAGCCAGCGUUAUUGUAUGUGUGAAGUGCAUGAGAACAUCUGUUAUUACAUUAUUAUAUUCCUUUAUUUAUUAUCAACUUGUUAGCCCUAAAAUAAAAUCUUUUCCUUGAAUC